AUGUCGAAAAAUUGUACGGAAAUUACUGAUGACAUUUUCUAUACUCGGUUCAGUUCUCCGCACACGCCGACCGAUCGCAAGCUGCUGGUGCAAGCCCAUAGCUCUGGGGUUCACAUCGCCCUGUUCGAUGACCUAACCGAUUUGUACGUGACUUACCGAUCUAAGAUCCCGAUCAAUGACGGACAGUGGCAUCACAUCGCACUGACGUGGGAUGGCGUGACGGGCACCGUCACACUGUCUACAGAUGCUGUUAUCGUGGCGUCCAUUCCCGGCUACGGAGAAGGGAAGGCUCUGGAAACUUAUGGAUGGGUUACGCUCGGAUCAUCGCUUACCGACGACGAACCGUCCUUGGCUGAAUCUGGAUUCCAUGGAUCGAUUUCCCGCGUCAACAUCUGGAGCCGUCCGUUGGAUAUUCGAUCAGAGAUCCCGAAACAGGUACUCAGUUGCAAAAACGCUCCGGUCCUCUUUGACGGUUUGCUGCUCCGCUGGACGGGUUACGACAAGAUAGAAGGAAACGUUGAGCGCAUCAGUCCGGCCAAGUGUGGCUCUAAAGUCUGCCCACCCGGCUAUUUCGGGUCCAAGUGCGACAGCCUGCUGAAGGACAAGUACCCGCCACGCGUGGAUUACUGUCCCAGCAACAUCUGGGUCAUCUCCAAGAACGGCUCUGCUUUCGUCAAUUGGGACCCGCCGAUCUUCAGCGACAACAUUCGCCUCACGCGUGUUGUUGAGCAGAAUGACUACACCCCUGGACAGGCUUUCUCUUGGGGAACUUAUCAGGCAAGUUUUCAAAUCAACACACACUUAUUCGCCGUGGCAUAUGUUGCUUAUGACGAAGCCGGAAACUCGGCGAGCUGCAACUUCAAGAUUUACGUGUUGUCUGACUUCUGUCCGUCACCUGAAGACCCCGUCGGCGGCAGUCAACGAUGCAACGACUGGGGUCCAGGUGGCCGAUUCAAGGUCUGCCAGAUUUCAUGUAACCCGGGCCAGAAAUUCUCUCAGGACGUUCCCGAUUUUUACACGUGUGGUGCUGACGGUAUUUGGAGACCCAACCAGGACGAAUCGUCUCCUUUGGUCUAUCCGGCGUGUGCUGAUACAACCGCUUUAAACUUUGCCUUUUUUAUAUUAGCUGCGACACCGGCCCAACGUGUCUUCAAGAUCAACAUGCAAUUCCCGACUUCCGUCAUCUGCAACGAAGCUGGACAGGGUGUACUGUCUGAGAAAAUCAAGAACGCAUUGCUGAUGUUGAACAGGAACUGGCGCAUUUGCUCCAACACGAUCCGAGGCUCCGGCAUGUGCAACGACUUGGAAGUCGAUGUGAAAUGCACCAAGAAAUCUCGGUCUCGGCGUCAAGUUGAGAACGAUGACGUCUACACCGUUGAAGUGUCUUUCCCGGCUGUGAACGACCCCGCAACGAAUGUCAACUCCAACGACCGUGCCAAUAUUCGAGACCUGAUCGAGGCCAUUAUCCUGGAACAGAACGAGUUUGAUGUGGGCGAAGUGUUGCCGAACGUUGUGCCAGAUCCAGGGUCUCUGCGUUUGUCUUCUGAUUAUGCUUGCCCCAUCGGGAAAGUUGUGGCGCCGCCGGAUUGCGUUGACUGUGCUGCUGGCACGUUUUACGACGCCACUACGGAAACUUGCAAGUUCUGUCCGAUCGGCACUUUCCAGAACGACGUUGGACAGAUUCGCUGCAAGCCGUGUCCGAAUAUCGCUGGCAAACAAGGUGUCACUGCUAUGCCCGGAGCGAGAAGCUCUAACAUGUGCAAAGAACGUUGCUUGGCUGGCCAUUAUUACGACGCCGAAACGAGCCUCUGCAGACCUUGUGGUUACGGAAUGUACCAACCCGAGGAGGGAAAAUUCAGCUGCUCUCCUUGCGGACUCGGCCUCACCACUCGCACCGACAGCGCCACCACGAAAGAUGAAUGCCGUGAGGAAUGUGGAUCUGGCUAUCAAUUGGGUCUGGUUGGCAACUGCGAGCCUUGUCCUCGUGGCACCUACAGGACUAAAGGCGUAAAUUUGGCGUGCAAAAAGUGUCCUUCGGGCCGAACCACUCUCAGCACUGGCGCCUACACCAUUGAGGACUGCUCGUUGCCGAUCUGCGACCCUGGAACUUACCUGAAUUCGAGCCUUGGCAAUCAAUGCGUCAAGUGCCCGAAAGGCAUGUAUCAGCCCGAGUCUCAGAAGACGUCUUGCGAGGAAUGCCCGCCGAAUACGUCCACCUCCGCCGAAGGCGCCGUCGGAGUUGAUGAGUGCACGAACCCGUGUGAAGUCAACGGAGAAGAAACUUUGUGCCACAAACACGCCCAAUGCUUUUUCAACAAGGAGCGGAACGAGUUCGCCUGUCGAUGCAUGUCUGGCUUCGAAGGCAACGGUACCUACUGCAAAGACAAGUGCGACGGUUACUGCGUUAAUGAAGGCCGGUGCGAAAAGCGGGAAGAUGGCGAACCUCAAUGCAGGUGCAUCAGAAACUUUACCGGUCCAAGAUGCAAGAGCCGCUCCGAAUUCGCUUACUACGCUGGAGGAAUCGCCGCCGCCGUGCUGCUCAUUUCCUUCUUGGUGCUUCUCAUCUACAUGAUCUGGGUCAGAACUUCUAGGAAGAAGACGGUUGAACCGAAAAAGGUACUGACGCCUCCGUUGGAUUUGAAUGGCUCCGCGGUGAACUUCUACUAUGGAUCCCCGGCGCCGUACGCCGAGAGCAUCGCACCCUCACACCACUCCACUUAUGCUCAUUACUACGAUGACGAGGAGGAUGGCUGGGAAAUGCCCAAUUUCUACAACGAAACCUACAUGAAAGAGAGCCUGCACAACGGAAAGAUGAAUAGUCUGGCCCGGUCGAACGCGAGUGUUUAUGGUACGAGACAAACCGAGGAUCUCUACGACAGACUGAGAAAGCACGCGUAUCAAGGGAAGAAAGAAAAGGCGGACGGAGAAAAAGAAAGGAAAGGAAAAAGGAAACGGAAUCAACACUGCCCGAACCAUGCACUUCGCUCUUCCCUCCCACGUCUAUCUUUCCGUAGCCUGGACGAUCGUCGGGCCCUGAAUCGCCGGUCUACUCUCGGAGUUCACGGUUCUGUGCAAUCAGGCAAACGUAGAAUGAGACAUUGA